AAGAUUACAUGCACAAAAGGACGUCAUAAUAUUAAUAUUGAUGGACUUGGUCCUGCCAUUUCCUUGUCCUCUUCAAAUACCAAACCAGAUUUAUAAUAUUAGUUACAAAAUAAUUGAAAUUAAAAAGACCAGUUCUUCAAUCUCCUCCUUUCUUGCUGUUAUAGAAUAGCAGCUGUCCUGCCGGCACGCCAUUGAACUUGUCUUCAUGGUUCUUAAUUUCUUCCUUCUUUGCCUGAUGUCGCAAACAUUCAUUACUAUUCUCUGCUGAUUACGUUCUUUCUCUUCAUUGACUCCUAGUUCUGGUUAUCAACCAAAAUUAAGACAUGGCUAGAAGAAAUAAUUUGUUUAUCUUUUUCACUUUAGUCUCAUUCUUUGUAUGUAAUUCUUCCUCUCAGCCCCAACCAGCCCCGCCGCCGCCGUUAAACGCCACCUGCAACGGUGUGUACUUAUCCUACAGUUACACCGGAGGAUAUCCUAUCCCGCCAACUGACCCCACCAACCAACCGUAUCGGUUCGAAUCCAGUGUAAACGUGCUCAACAACGGACCUGAUGAGCUCAAGUCUUGGAGAGUCUUUGUUGGGUUUCGAAAUAAUGAGUUGUUGGUCUCUGCAACUAAUGCUGUGCUGGCAGACGGCUCGUCUCUGCCUGCUUUAGUCGGGAACGGUACCGUUUUGGCUGGUUUUCCUCAGACUGACCUCAAGUCAGCUAUUGGGACUGCUGGGGAUUUGACCCAGAUGGAGGUUAGGAUCCAGUUAGUGGGCACCCGGUUCGGAAAUGAUAAUUCGGAUGCUCCAUUACCGGUUAAUUUGACUCUAGUUAAUGAUGGGUAUUCUUGUCCUGACCCAACAAGAAGAGGUAAUGAAUUAGAAUUGUGUUGCGUUACAGAUUUGGGAGCUAAAACAAACAUUUCUCAGGAAGAUAACGUACAGCCCCGCCAAGAUGGUGAUCUUAUAAUCAUGUACGAUAUAAUCAGCACAUCUGAUUCUAAUUACUGGGCACAGGUUUCUAUAUCAAACCAUAACCCUCUUGGGAGGCUUGAUAACUGGAAAUUAAGCUGGGAUUGGAUGAGAGGUGAAUUUAUAUAUGCCAUGAAAGGAGCUAUUCCAUAUGUUAGUGAUGUCUCAGAUUGCAUAUUUGGUGAGCAAGGUGAACACUACAAAGAUAUGGAUUUCUCUCAAGUAUUGAGUUGUGACAGAAGCCCUACAAUUCUUGACUUACCUCCAACAAGAGCUAAUGAUACACAAAUUGGAAUGAUUCCUUUCUGCUGUAAAAAUGGGACUAUUCUACCUCCUAACAUGGAUCCAUCCAAAUCUGUUUCAGCUUUUCAAAUGCAAGUAUACAAAAUGCCACCUGAUUUGAACCGGACACAACUCUUUCCACCGCAGAAUUGGAAAAUCAAUGGCACAUUUAGUUCAGAUUUUCAAUGUGGAUCCCCAGUACGGGUAACCCCUAGCCAGUUUCCUGAUCCAAGUGGAUUGCCUUCAAAAAAAGCAGCAGUAGCUAGUUGGCAAGUAGUCUGCAAUAUUACACAUUUUAAAGAAGAGUCUCCAAAAUGUUGCGUAUCAUUUUCGGCAUUCUUCAAUGAUUCUGUUAUCCCUUGUAGAGCCUGUGCUUGUGGCUGCAAUAGCAACCCAAGAAAAACCUGCAAUACCAAUGAACCAGCUUUGCUUUUACCACCCGACGCUCUUCUAGUCCCAUUUGAGAAUAGAACUGAUAAAGCUUUGGAAUGGGCUGAUCUGAAAAGAAAGGCUGUGCCAAAUCCUUUGCCGUGUGGGGAUAACUGUGGAGUUAGCAUAAACUGGCAUUUAAUGUCAGAUUAUAGAGGAGGCUGGACUGCGAGGAUUACCCUCUUCAACUGGGGUGAAACUGAUUUAGCAGAUUGGUUUGCUGCAGUUCAACUAGACAAAGCAGUGCCAGGAUUUGAAAAUGUCUACUCGUUCAAUGGAAGUGUGAUACCUAGUUCAACAAAUACAAUAUUUAUGCAAGGUCUUAAAGACUUCGAUUAUCUAGUGGCAGAAAGGGAUGGUGACAAUCCAAGAAAAGAUCCUCGAGUCCCUGGGACGCAGCAAUCAGUUAUCUCAUUUACUAAGGAAAAAACUCCAGGUAUUAAUGUGGCUGGUGGUGAUGGAUUUCCAACCAAAAUCUUCUUUAAUGGCGAGGAAUGUGCACUGCCUACGGUACUUCCAAGCAAUGGUCACAGGACAAAUGCAGCUAACAGAUUUUUCAGCUUCCUACUAUUUCUGUCUCUUCUACUAAUGCAGUGGUAGCCUUUAUAGAGGCCACUAUUACCAAUUCUUUUCCUGAUUUCUAAAUUUGUUUCUCUUGUAUGUAUUUCAAGUUUCUGCUAAAUUUCAUGUUUGGCAAUUUGGGUAAUGGCGGAUUUAGAUUACAUUUUCAAUGGCAUUUAAGACUGUAACUUACUCUGAUAUAUUCUUUUAAUAUAUGCAUAAUCUUUUAUGUUUUUAUCA